AAAAGAUGAAGAAUUAACAAAAAGAAAUAUUCUUAAUUGUAUUAAUAAUCAUGAUAUAAUUUCACAAGAAAUUUAUAUUUGGCUUUUAAAUAAUCAAAAUAAUUCAAAUUCUAUUUAUUUGCUUGGAUAUUUUAAUUAUCAUGGAAUUGAAAUUAAUAUUAAUAAACAAAAAGCAUUUGAAUUAUAUCAAAAAGCAUCAGAAUUAAAAAAUAAUAUAGCUCAAUUAAAUCUUGCUAUUUUAUAUAUGGAUGGACCAGAUGCUUAUGAAUAUUCUGAUGAAAUUUUUGAAUUAGCUAAAAAAUUUGAAGAAAAAGAAUAUGCAAGUGGAAUAAAUAUUUUAGGUCAUUGUUAUAGUUGGGGAAUUGGAACUAAUAUGGAUUUAAAAAAAGCAUUUGAAUUAUUUCAGAAAGCUGCAAAUUUAGGAAAUGUAAUUGGAAUGUGUAAUUUAGGAUUGUGUUAUAAAGAUGGACUUGGAACUGAUAAAAAUGGACAAAAGGCAUUUGAAAUUUAUCAGAAAGCGGCAGAAUUGGGGAAUUCACGUGCAAUCAAUUCUUUAGCAGAUUAUUAUAAAAAUGGAAUUCAUACAGAUAUUAAUAAACAAAAAGCAUUUGAAUUAUACCAAAAAGCAGCAAAUUUAGGAAAUUAUUUCGCUCAAUAUGAACUUGCUUUGAUGUAUGAAAUUGGGGAUGAAAUUAAAAAAGAUUUGGAUAAAGCAGUUUAUUGGUAUAAAAAAUCCGCAGAACAAGGUCACCCAUAUGCUCAAAAUAAAUUGAAAGAAUGUUAUUGUUAUAAUUAUGGAAUUGGAACUUGUUUUAAUAAACAAAGAGCAUUUGAAUUAUUUCAGAAAGCUGCAAAUUUAGGUAAUUCAACUGGAAUUAGUAAUUUAGGUUAUUGUUAUGAAUUUGGAAUUGGAACUAAUAUCAAUUUAACUAAAGCAUUUGAAUUAUAUCAAAAAGCUGCAAAUUUAGGAAAUUUAUAUGGAAUACAUAAUUUAGGAAGUUGUUAUGAAAAAGGAAUUGUAGCUGAUAUUAAUAAACAAAAAGCAUUUGAAUUAUAUAGAAAAGCAGCAAAUUUAGGACAUUAUUUGAUUCAAUGUAAUUUAGCUGUAAUUUAUGAAAAGGGUGAUGGAAUUAAAAAAGAUAUUGAACAAGCAAUUUAUUGGUACAAAAAAUCUGCUGAACAAGGAUAUAAUUAUGCUCAAAAUAAAUUGAAUGAACUUUCAAAAAAUUAAAUUAUUUGUUUAAAGGAAAUGAAUGUAUUUUAUCGACUUUAUAUUUUAAAUAAAUAGUUUUACUUUUUGUAUAAUUAUAAAAUAACAAAAAAUUUUUUAAGAACUUUUGGGUAAUCAGAUUUGAAUUUCUAAGUGAAAUUGUGCAGGUGAUAUUGAUGAAUAUUAUAAAAAUUAUACACUAAUUCUGCUGAAAUAACUAUUAAUUGC